AUAUUUCUCUGACUGUUAGUGUUCUGGUGAACAAGCACAGCGAUUAAAAAGAUGUCAACUAAUGUUGGAACAAGUGAAAAAAGUUGAAAAGAAGCGAUCUGGAAGCACAAAGAGGGCAGUGAAGAAGAAGGCGGUUACUCGAGGAGAUCUUGGACAAUUUUCUAUGAUGCGAGAAUUGGCGAGCUCUUUGCUGGAGGACAAGGAUCUGAGCACAAUGAACGCAGAUGAAGUAAAGGAAGUUGCAGGAGCACUUGGAGGACUCACAACACAAGAUAUCGAUAAACUUCCCGAUACUGCAGUCUUACAAGCUAUGAGCGCAAUCAAAGAUAAUACGAAUCUAACUCCAAAACAGAAACGAAUUAUGUUUAAAAAAGCGAAGAAAGCUGGGUUGACAAUCCACAGUUCAAGUGACAUUGCCAACCUUGGUGAGUUAGUCAGUGAGGUGUCUGCAUCUGACCUUAAGAAAAUAUCCACAAGUGAUCUCAAGAGCAGUAUGAAAGAAUUCACCAAACGGGCCGCUGGUUUUAGUAAAGCACAGAAGAAAGCAAUAGUGACAAAGUUGCAAGAGAUGGCGGUCGAUGAUAUGUUAAGUGAAGAUCUUGGAGAGUUCGCUGCGGAAAUUCCUCUCAGUAAACUAAAGUCAAUGCAAACCGUGAAUUUAGAACACAUUCGUAACCAGCCAUGGGAAAGAGGGCAGGCAGCAAAGUUGAUUGAGAUGUACAGGAAUGGUUCAGAUGAGACACCACUUAAUGCAGAAAUAGUCAGCCAACUUGGUUCUACCAUCAUUGGAAUGAAAUGCAGUGACGUAAUGGACAUUGUAUAUGAUGAUAUGUUAGAGGUUGCUGUGUCCAUGGAUUCUGCUGUUGACAUGUCUCCUGAUAUGGAUGAAUGCUCUCAAAAUAAACUUCACAAUUCAUUACAAAUUGAACUUGGAGUUGAUUACUUAGCGAAUGGUACGGAUGAUGAAUCCAUCACAUUAUUCACCACUCUACCCCCAGAUGUGGUCAUGUUUUAUCCAGUGAAAUCAUUAAAUGAGACACCAGCUGAAACAUGCAAUUAUUUGUUUGGACAAAUUGGUAAAUCUCAAUUAAACUCUCUUCCGUCUGGUCCUGGUGACGUUCGAAGAAUGAAACUUGCUGACGCAGCUUAUAAUUGCAUGUCGCCAAACCAUGUAAUUGAAACACUGACAGAGGAGAAUGUGUUGAUGUUGGGCAACUUAUUAUGCGACAUUCCAUCUUUCCUGUUUGGUCGAAUAUCACCGGAUGUCGUUCCUCUUGCAUUGAGUUAUAUACAAGAUUGCUUACACAGAUUUACUUCCAAACAUGUUGCAUAUGUUCAAUACAUGGUUCAUUCAACUUAUGGUCCAGCACGAGGUUGGGAUGAAAGUGUUUUGUCUUCGCUUGGACCUAUUGUAGCUAUGAUGCCAUCGUCAGAUAUUAAUGACAUAAAUCCUGAGAUUUUUACUGAAGCAUUUGAUGAAAUGACACCUCCCAUACUGGAUGAGAAUCUCCCUGUUUAUUCAUUCUUUAAUUACAUAGCGUUUUAUAGCAAGGCUCGGGAUUCAUUUCUUUCACAAAGAUCUAUUUCAAGAAAGAAGAGAUCUCUGUCGGUGCCUACGUUUGAUGAGAUUGUAGCUUUGGGGCCGGGCAACUCUGGUUGGUCAGUGGAGGAAUUACAAGCAAUAUCUGCGUCUGAUAUCGUCAACUCGCUAGUUACGCUCGGUGCUGUUGAAGACUGGAGUAAUGAACAAAGUGCUAUGUUAAGAACAAGACUGGAAGAGGCCAUCGCCCCCUUAUCGGAGUGGAGUAGUGACACCAUUGUUGAUGCCAAACACAUUCUAACCAACCUAACCAAAUAUGAGAUAUCAACACUUGAUAUAAAUCUUGAUGCAGCAACUGCGCUGUCUGAUCUUAACUGGAAGAAUGACCAGAGAACGGCAGCUUUUGACAGAUACAUGGCAUACAACUCAAAGACAGCUUCAAUACUUACAUCAGAUGAAAUAUCUGGUCUUAGUUCUUUGUUAUGCGGAAUGAGUGAAUCACAAAUCAUGAAUAUACCACUUCCUACUAUAAGUGGCUCGGUAAAAGAUAUUGGAUCCCUCUCAUGUUUUGAUCAAACACAGUUAGAUAUGUUGUACACACUUGCUAUGAUGGCUGAUUCAACCACCAUACCUGAUGGAGCACAACUUAACGAACUUGGCGCAAUUGCAGCUGGAAUGACAGUUUCUGCUCUACAAAGCUUACCCAUAGAAGCAAUGACAUUGAUCGAUCCCAUUUUCUUUGAAGUUGUUUCACCAGAUCGUGUCAAGAAUGGAUUUUCUUCACUUCAAUUAUCAGCGGCAGGAAUCACCAACAUUGCCACCAUCUUACGAAAUGAAAGGUUGUAUAAUGAAUUAACAACGGAUCAACAAAAUACGUUGAGACUUACAGCAUAUGGGAUCGACGCUGUGCUCGAUGGAUCAGCAAACAGCACUGGGUUCGACAUCGAUAUUUUCGCAGGUGGAGAUGAUGGUGUGAUACUGUUCGAAGGUAAUCAAACUACUACAUCUCAAGCAAAUGUUGUAAAAACUUAUAAUUGGUUGUAUUUGUUCCUCGCUAUUAUUAUUGCAGUUGUUUAGAUUUUUAUGGCAUUCGAGUUUAUUCAAUAAAGAUUUAUACAC